CAUUGGCGGGGGCAAGUUCAUAUAAAACGGACGCUAAAAUACAUGAACCAUCAGUGUCGUCGAGAUAAAUGUUUUCUUCACAGGAGUAAACCAUUCAUCAUACACGUGUGUUAUAAUUGAUAGCUGCUUUUUUCAACGUAGGCCAAUUUAUCAGAUUAACAAAUAAUCUGCAGCUCAUGAUGCGUAAAGUGGUGCUCAUUGGACUUAUCUGCGUUCUUGCAGUCGCAUGUUGUGAGAAAACAAAAACCGAAGAGGUGGAGGAACUUUUAAACGCAGGGGACCAACUUGACUUGGGAACUUCAAAAGACCUAAUUUUGCUCAUCGGAUCUACCGGAGUGGGCAAAAGUACACUAUCCAAAUUUUUGACGCACAACCCUAGCCUGCAGUCAACUAAAGUUGGCAGCAGCUAUGUUUUUAUAGACAACGGCACCAUCAGCACAAUUACCAGUAAAUCUAUGACCCUGUUGCCUAACGUCUAUCAAGAUAAGGACACAGGUCUCAUCAUCGUUGACUGCCCCGGUUUCAGUGACACCCGCGAGCCAAAAUUCGAGAUCGCCGCCUCCUAUUUUGUAAAACAAGUUCUUGAGUACGCGAAAAAAUUAAAAAUCAUAUUAGCGGAGAAUCACUUUAGCUUGACGGAAGGCGCUGAUCGGUUUGGAUUGAAGCGCCUUUUGAAACAUGUCUCCGAAUUGAUUCCCAAUAUUGAGCGCUUCAGGGGCUCUCUCGCGUUGAUCGCCACCAAAGUAAUCAACCAAGGCAUCCCUGACGAAGAGGAAAAGGCCGACAUAAUGACUUUCAUGAAUAAUUUUGCGACCGAUUUGCGAAACGACCUGGCCAAUCAGAAGCAAAAUGCCACCUUGUAUAAAACUAACGAAGGAAUUUUAAGGGCGCUCGAGGUGAUUUACGGCGACGGGUCGGGCAGCAAUUUAGCCCUUUUUCGAAAACCAAACAAAGCAGGCAGUCCGUGGGAGUCGUCCCUCCUGCAAAAGUGUUACGCUGACAUCAGAUCUUUGAUCUUUGAAACGACGCCCUGGAUUGACAACACAAAUCAAGUUUAUCAUUAUACGCUGACCACGGACAGCAUCGUUUUCAUUAAAGAUCACCUCGUCCCAAAUAACAACAGAAAUGUCAUGGCAGAAGUUAAUAAAAUUUUGUCUCUUUUCUUGGCCGGAAUAGAGGCAAAAAUCAGUUCCUCUGCUAUUAGUGUGGAUCAAAAAAUUCAAACGGUAAACAGUUUAAAAUCACAAUAUUCAAAUGUACUCGGCCAACUUGUCACUGUUAAAGACCUGGUGGCGCUCAGUGAAAAUCUGUCAAAAGUUUCUUCCAUUCAAGGCACGGACCCAAAGGUUUUGGAGCGCCUAGUGUUCAAGGCGCAGUUUUUUAAUGACGUUGGCGGAGUCGAUAUUCGCCAAUUUGUGAGUGAAGUAAGAAAAGAGGCGACCAAAACCGAUAAGAGGCUCGGCGAUAUAUCUCAAUUUUACCAGUUUUUGCAAACGCUGAAAUUAAAACUAGAGGAAUAUUCACCGCAAUUCGUCCGCCAGUCUUCAUUCCGACACAUCACAAAAGCAGAUUUUAAAGAUUUCAUUUUCGACGCCUCCAAAUUCAACAUUGAGUUCGGAAAUAAAAACCAAAUUUUAUCUAUUCCACUGACAGACUACAUGAUCGCCGAUUUAAAUCAAGUUCUCUCAACCAGUCUAAACUACAUAGUGAAUUACGUGCAUGACCCGCAAUCAAAGCACCUGUUGAUCGAGGCGAGAAAUUUGCUCACCAGCGAAAUCAAUAACAAAAUCGGCGCUUAUCAAGGCGUGGAAACAGUCACAAUUAUCGCCGCCAAAAAGAUAUUCGUGGACCAAAAUUUAGCCCUGAUAAAUGCUAAUUUAAAUUUCAUCGCGCCUGUUAUUGAAGUGAUCAAUGACAACAAAGAAAUAAAACUUUUCGCCUCAGACGCGGGACCUUUCCCAGGGAAGGCUGCCGACUCGAACGCCCUGACCGUCCCUGGCGCCGGAGGACACGCAGGUUACCCUGGAUCCAACGCUGGGAAUUUCCUCCUCCUGGCAAAUGAUGUCAUUAAACCUGACCUUUUGACCGUAACAAGUGUUGGAGGUCGAGGGGGCCGUGGGCAAAAUGGGGGCAACGGCCGUAAUGGUGUUGCCAGCGGCUACCCGACGGUCGGCGCCGUGAUUUUAAGCAACGCUAAUGAUGUGGACAACCACAUCCGCAACCAAGGUUUUGGCGUUGAGCGUUCAGGGGACUAUUUAGUGGUCAUUAACCAGAGGGAAAACGUCCUGCCAUCCAGUGGUGGUGACGGCGGUGCUGGAGGAGCCGGUGGCCGACCUGGACACAUUAUGGUCAAGGUCAAAAAUCACGCCAGUGGAAAUUUGAUUAAAACGGCUCAGGUCAUCGGGACGCAGGGCGAAGGUGGCGACGGAGGAAUCGGCGGCGUUGGAAUGUCCCAGUGCGCCAGGAAACAUUACGGGUGCACAAACCACGAGCUUAGGGGCCGUUGCGGCCCUUGGUAUAGACGGCGCGGCUGCACCACUGGCUGGGAGUAUAAGUGUUUCCCCCAAAAUUUGGACAAUUGCGGAAACUACCCCAAUGGCAGCACUGGGAAUAAGGGCACAAGUCACGUCGGCACACAGCCCAAUCACCCUUUGAAACCGUAUGCGUAUGGGCAGCUUUGGCACCAACUGAACGAAAGAGUUGGACCGUAUCAGUCUUUGGGAAAUGAAUACAGCGAACUAUAUCAGUACGCUCAAAAUGCAAUUGACAGAAGUUAGUCCCGUUAAAAAUUUUCACGUUUGAACCUUUUUUAUUGUUGUGCGAACUGUGAAAAAAUUUGUGUGAGCUCUAUUUUUUGACAUAUUUAUACCUGAUUUUAAUUUUAAUUGUUUUACUUUAUGCCAGUUAAAAUUUUUGACCUCUAUGAAAAUUAAAUGAAUCGGCUUUGUGAGAAACAAAAAAGUAUGCAAAUUAUUUUUCCAAUCGAGAGCCCCCUGUAGAAUAACUUACUUUAAUUUCAUACCUUUAGCAGAAAGCAAUAUACAAUUUUAAUUGAUUUUAAUCUACAUUAAAUACAUAAUAAUAAAAAUUAAAUCUUUUUUCAACUUUUAUCAUUAUUUUAAUAAAAAAAACUGUAUCAUUUAAAAAAAUUACCAAGUUAAAUUGAUUGAUUUAUUGAUAAAAGCUCAAUAGAAGGUAGAAACAGCAAGAGAGUAAGGACAGUUUAUUAGCGAUAAUUAAAUCACUGAAAACAAGAAAUCUUCAUUAUUUUAUCUGUUCAUGCAGCGACAGCUGCAGCCAGAACGCUGCACACGCCAGAUGAUUCUGAAGCUCUCUCGCUCCAAUAAUAUAUGUGAGCCUUUCCGCUGCCGUUUUUAAUAAUUAUAAUUAUGGUAUACAACAAAUGAAAACACUCCCAUCUGCAGAUUUCCAUUAAAUAUUUAACAGUUGCAGACUUUGGGGUAAACGAAAAUCCACCCUCCGCUUGUUUCAACCUGGCUUAUUAAAACGCAUAUUGAAUGUUAAAACAAAAAUAUACCUUCGAGUUUGUUUGAAUAGCUGUAAUUUCCGAUAUUUCAAUUCUUUAAAUUUUGUAUUAAGAGCAAAUGAUUAUAUGUUAUUUAAUUGCCAUUUAAUCUUUUAUCAUUCUUUUAUUGCUUUUUUUUAAUCAUCGGUAUCUAGUGAGGACUACUCUAGUCCUGCUGAAAUUCCUGUAAUAUUUUAACUAACAGUUUUUGAUCUGUUGUAAGAAUCCCUCAACUGUUCUGAAAUUAAAAAAAAAAAUCUGAAUAAAAAUCUACCAUCCGUAGAAAUGUCGAAA